GCUGGGACUCCAGCUGAGGUUGCAGAGGUCCGUCUCCCAAAUCAGCUUUUGGAAACAUACUCGUUUCCAGGCCCCAGCUCACAUUGUAAUGAGCGACCUCGGUGUGUGGGUCCCUGGAUGCACAUUCUUCAAAACUCUCAAGGUGAUUUUGACCACCGUCAGUCCGGGCAACAGUGGCCUCAGGUUCUUAGAAGGGUGUCUAAAGGGCCGUUUCGACUUCCGGAGGCCGAAAGAUCUGGAUCCUUUAGCUGUCCCCGCCCCCGCCUGGGGGGUGGAGGGAGCUCCUAAGAAGGGUUCUUUAUAAGGGCACAGAAGUAGGUCGGUAAAUCGCUUCAUUGAGGGUUCUACAUCCUGGCCUCCCCGGCUUCCUUCCAGAAGCUCCCGGCCCCCGCAGGAACCCGCAGGGAAGCGAAGAGGUUGCCUAGGCGUCCACGGCCGUCGGCGCACUUAGCACAGCAUGGAUCUUCUCAGCGAGUUCUUCUGUGCUUUCCCUUCCACUCCCCCAACGUCUGUCCCACUUCCGCCGCUCCGGGUGCUGGGGCGGGAGAUGCAGGCCGCGGGGACGAGCCUGAAGCCCUCAGUUCCCGAGUGGACGCCCCAGAGGAGCUCCCUGCUGAGUUCCGUUACCCGGCAGGUGACAAGAGUGUGACUUCGUGGCUUCUCCUGCACGGUCACGGCUCGGGAUGGGGAUGCAUGGGACUGCGGACAUAGUUAAUGUGGUUGAUUGAAGCUCAAGAGUGAGAUAGCCACAUCUGACCUGGAAUGGCAGAGAGGCCACUUACGACAGCAUAAAGGCUUCCCAGUGUCCAGUCUUGUUUCUGUUAAGCAGCCAGGGUCAAAUCUGGAUCCCCCAGAGACCAUGGCAGAUUUAUUUUUCAUGCUGACAAGGCAAGUCUAAAUGUAAAAGAAAAAUCGGAUUUGAACCCAACAGGUGCUGAUGAACGGAUCCCACCUCAUCUGAUGUCAACAAUUUCAAGUCAGUCACAUCUACAUUCAUCAUGACAAGAGUUCUUUGCCUAGAACUGUGUGUCCUGUAGUUGCUGCUUUUAAUGUUUCUUCUGCAUGGUCCUGGCCGACCUUUUUGACACUGCACUCUUUCUGUUUUUCCUGAGGCUCUGGGAUUCCAGUCAGCAAACAUGUACUGUUCAAGAAGCAGGAACACUGUUAGCCAGCAAGAAUGUCCGUGUCAACUGUUUGGAUGAGAAUGGAAUGACUCCUCUAAUGCACGCUGCAUAUAAAGGAAAACUUGAUAUGUGCAGAUUACUUCUGCGACAUGGAGCUGAUGUAAAUUGUCAUCAGCAUGAACAUGGAUACACAGCCCUCAUGUUUGCUGCACUUUCUGGUAACAAAGACAUCACGUGGGUAAUGUUGGAAGCUGGUGCUGAGACAGAUGUUGUCAACUCUGUAGGAAGAACAGCAGCUCAGAUGGCAGCCUUUGUGGGUCAACAUGAUUGUGUGACUAUAAUCAACAAUUUCUUUCCCCGAGAGAGACUGGAUUAUUACACGAAACCCCAGGGACUGGAUAAAGAGCCAAAACUGCCUCCAAAAUUGGCAGGCCCACUGCACAAAAUUAUUACCACGACAAAUCUUCAUCCUGUCAAGAUCGUGAUGCUUAUAAAUGAGAAUCCUCUACUGGCAGAAGAAACAGCUCUGAAUAAAUGCUACAAGGUAAUGGAUUUGAUUUGUGAGAAAUGUAUGAAGCAGAGAGACAUGAAUGAAGUGUUGGCUAUGAAAAUGCACUACAUCAGCUGUAUCUUUCAGAAAUGCAUUAACUUUUUAAAAGAUGGAGAGAAUAAACUGGACACUCUCAUCAAAAGCUUGCUAAGAGGCCGAGCUUCUGAUGGCUUUCCGGUAUACCAAGAAAAGAUCAUAAGAGAAAGUAUCCGAAAAUUUCCUUACUGUGAAGCGACACUCCUCCAGCAACUGGUGCGAAGUAUUGCUCCUGUUGAAAUUGGUUCUGAUCCCACUGCAUUCUCUGUACUUACCCAAGCCAUCACUGGUCAGGUGGGUUUUGUGGAUGUCGAAUUUUGCACAACCUGUGGAGAAAAGGGAGCAAGUAAAAGAUGUUCUGUAUGCAAGAUGGUAAUAUACUGCGAUCAAACUUGUCAGAAAACGCACUGGUUUGCACAUAAGAAAAUCUGUAAGAAUCUAAAGGACAUUUAUGAAAAACAACAAUUGGAAGCUGCCAAAGAAAAGAGUGAAGAGGAAAACAAUGGCGAACUUGAUGUCAAUUCUAAUUGUGUUAAUGAAGAGCAGCCAGAGGCCGAAACGGGAACUUCCCAAGAGGAUUGUAACCCCAAAGAGUCUGUAGAAGGGGAGGAAGAACGUCCUCAGAGUGAAGUUGGGUUGGAAGGCUUGCAGGAUGCUCCUGCAGGUCCACAGGCAUCUGAGGAGUAAAAGCCAGAGCCAGCACCAGUGUGGAUGGUUCGUACCCUGGCAGGUAGCUGGAAAUCUCAUGCGACUGUAUCCUCACUGCCUCGUGAUACCUGCAUGGCACCAUGGCAGGAUUCCAUGUUUCCUAGAAUAGACGCUUUCAAGCAAAGCUCUGUCUACCAUGCCCUAAUUUCCUUGUGCUCUCUGUACUGUCAUUGGACCGAUACCACAAGGGAAAAAUCUUUAUUUCAAACCAUAGAAGAAACAUUUUUAUUCCCUUUCUGAGGCCAGCUUCCCUGCAAUUGUUCUCAAAGCAAAAUACAUCCCUUAAAGAAGAAAUAAAAUAUAGGCUGUGGGGAACAAAGGACCCAGCAGAAUAGGUGUAGGAGAGAGAUUUUCAGGAAGGAAGGAUUUUUUAGCCACUGAGACGGGUAGUUAGAUGAAUCAUAAUUUAUAUGCGAGUAAGAUGAAUAUAAAUAGCAUUUACAAUAGUGAAGCCCUGCUUAUUAAGAUGCAAUGAAAUGAAGAAAAGUUGUAUGUUACAGGAUCUGUCCCAGUUCAGCCCAUUGUAGUUUUAUAUAGGAAUUAUCCUGAGCAGUCUGAACUUUAUAUAGUUCCUGUGGUGACGUUGUAUAUACAGUAUUUGUACCUUCAGAAAUGUUAAAUCUCCCAGAAGGAACGAAGGCAUAGCCACAGUUAUCUCAGCAUGUGCUUUAAAAAGGAUAUUUCAUGAAAUGUUUGAUUCAAUAAUGGCUAAACAUAGUGUGUCCGCAGUUAUGAAACUAAUUCACGUGCCAUAUUCCACUUGAAAGGCUUUUAUCUUCCCGUAAGCUUUUCAUGUGGCUCUUCCUGUCCAGAAACUGAUUUAUAACUGUCACUUUUAGAAUGUCCCGGCACCGGUUUUUAGCUUACACAGUACCGAAGCAGGCUAAGGUGUGAUAGCCAAAGACAGUGCCGUGUUUCAGAGUUUCUUGUGAUGAUUGUAAAAUAAAUUGUGCCUACUGUAUAACCAACUCUA